UCUGUAAUAGUAGCGGUAAUAUUUUUACGUAAUGAUUAGCUUGUGUUUUAGGGUAAUAGAUAGUUUAUUUUUGCUGAUAUUGGACACGAGUCGUAUUUUAAACCUCUCAUAUUCGGUAAAUCAGACUAAAAUUGUGACGUUUCAGCAAUAACUUCAGAACUUUCAGACUUUUAUCGAACUUGACCAACGACAGUUCUUGUUUCUGUUGUCACUUUAAUAUUUUUGUUUUGUUUUCCAUUUAAUACAACCUAUGGUUGCAUUGAUGAUAAAAUAAAUCAGAUAACUGAUAGAAAUAUGUCACCUUUCAGCCUUGAAACGUUAUAUGCACUCACACGGAAAUAAAUGAGGCUGAUCUCGGAACGAAAUUACUAAAGUGCCAAGAGCAACCAAAACUGUAAAGAAUCAUAGUGGGAUUUUUGCAUUCAUAGUUCUAUAAUAGCCGGGAAUGCCACCCAAAAAGCGUCAAAAGCAGGCUGAAACAAAACAGAAGCCGAAAGUCUCAAAAAAAGAACAAAUAAAGAAAUCACUUAAGAUUGACACCGAAAAUACUGAGUUAUUGAAGGAUGCAUACAAUGUAACGUUUCCUGCAGAUUUACAUCAACUAUGGGAGUUGUGUUGUCAAAUAAACAAGGCCAAGCCAUUGGAAGCGUUAUCAUCACUUGGACUUCGAUUAGUAGGUCCAUUCGAGGUUCUAGCAAAAACAAUUAAACCAGAUGCAUCCAACUCUGUAGUGAAUUUUUAUCUUCAUUGGAGAUUUUUCUAUGACCCUCCUGAGCUGAUGACUUUAAUUAUCUCAGAUGACACUAAAGAAAAUCCUUAUCACAUUGGUUACCUAAGAGAUGAUCCAAAUGACAAAGAAUGUAUUGUUGUUUCAAAUAGUGGCAACGAUUGUGAAAUUGACAUCAUAGGGGACAACAUUUUCUGCGCUAUUAACAAUGAGCUACAACUAAAACUAUCUUCUGCUAAAGGCAAACAAAAAUCAGCCUUACAAAAUUUUUCCUCAAAGUUUAAAGAGUAUGUAGACGCUUAUAAUAUAGAUUUAAAAGCAGCAGACAAUGUAAAUGAACGACGAAAACACAUUGUAGAUUAUACUUUUCAUAAGGCUGGUAUAGUCGUUCCAAUUGAUGAAAACGAGGUUGGUUAUAGACCUGUUCAAGAAUCUACUGGCACACUCAGACGAAUGUUCAAAAAUAUUGAUCAAGCAGUUAACGAUGAUGCAAGAAUCGAUGCAUUUGAAGUCAUGCAGCUUACGAUGACUAAUGUACAACUGGCCAAUGAUGAAUGUGAUUUUGGGAUGGGUCUCGAAUUGGGUAUCAAUAUGUUCUGCUAUGGGUCAAGAUAUUUGAAUAAAGCAGCAGGAAGAAUGCUUUCCAUGGCAUAUGAACUACUAAAAAGGGAUUUAUACAAGAAGAUAAUCGAACGCCACCUAGCAGAUCGAAGAAAGGAGAAUUAUGCUCGAUUACCAAUAGGCUGACCUGAGAUUGUCUGCAUGUGCUAUGAAAAGAAUAUAAAAUUCAUUGAUAAAGUUUCAAACAAAUCUAAUACUUCUCUUUGCACAAGUCAACCUAUUUUUUAAUACUUCUUUACGGUAUCAAAUUGUGACAUUUCCAUAAAGUUGAGCAUGAUUCUGUUUAGAACCAGCUCCGUUCCCUCUCUUGAUUUGUUUCGAUUGAGCAUUCAAUAACUAUUUUUCUACACAUGUUGAACCUUUGAAAAUAACUUUUCUGUAAA